AUGAUUGCUAUGGAUGAAACUGCAGUGUAUAUGGGUCAAGGAUCUCAAAUGACAAUUGAUCAGAGGGGCGCCUUGUCAAUCUACAUUCCCUCCACUGGUUACGAAAGUGCACGGGUGUCCUGUAUUUUGGCAAUUCGUCUGGAUGGAAAGAAGGUCCCACCUCUUAUCAUCACUAAGGGCAAGAAAGAGAAGACUGACUGUGUUUCAGGUAUUUAUGUUCUUGAAACCGAGAAGGCAUGGUUCACUCAAGCCAUUAUAAGAAAGUGGAACAUUGUCCUUGCCAUUUUAGCAAUGAUGGCAUUUGAAGGAACAGCAAACCUUGGAAAAGAACGGAAUAUUGUAGGAGAAUUUAGCAACUUGCCACAAGAAGAACUGUUGUUGUGGAUAAAAGCAAACACUAAACAAGAUGCUGUUUUUGCAGGUGCAAUGCCUGCAAUAGCGAGUGUAAAAUUAUCUGCACUUCGACCCAUCAUAAAUCAUCCACAUUAUGAAAAUGCGGGUUUGCGGGCAAGAACAAAAAUAGUUUAUUCUAUGUACAGUUGAAAGCCAGCAAAAUAAAUUAAAAGAGACUUGCUAAAGUUGGGAGUAAAUUAUUACAUCUUGGAAGAUUCCUGGUGCUUGAACAGAACUAAGCCUGGCUGCAGCCUGCCAGAAAUUUGGGAUAUAGAAGACCUUAAUAACGUUGGAAAAAUCCCCUUAUGCAGCAUCCUGAGCAAAAAUUCCAGGCCAUAUUUCAGAAUAGUGCUCAACAACGAAUUAUUCAAAAUAUUAGAAAUUACCAAGGAAUGA